AUGAUGGAAAACGCUGAUCAUGAGAUGAUAGCAGAGAGCGAGAGCGAGAGAGAAGUAAGGGAGAGACAACAAAAUUGGCAACAACAACAACAGCAGCAGCAGCAACAACAACAACAACAAAAGCAGCAGCGACAGCAGCAACCACAAAGACGACAGCGUGCCGGCAUUAAAAAGAUUUGGCUGCCGCUUAUCAUUUACCUUUCACUGCAGCUCGUCUUGACCUGCGCGGAUGAGGUGGAGGUGGUGAAGUCAGUGGGCGGCGACGAUGAGCUCGGCAUGGGCAUUUCGGAUCAUGACAACGAAGUGGACCAGAUGGCGCUUGAAUCGGAACAGGAACAACAACAGCAACAGCAGCAGCACCAGCAACAACAACAGCAGCAGCAACAGCAACAACAACAACAACAACAACAGCAGCAGCAGCAGCCCAAAGUGCAGGUGCACUAUGCACACAAUGGACCACCAGCUGCCCCACUGGGCCUAGGCAACAAUCAUCAGAAUAUACCCAUGAGCUUUGGACAGCCCUUCGGACCACCACCACCGCCAGGCGUGCAAUUCUAUAAGGGACCACCACCGCCAGCGCCGCCGCCACAGCGCGCACCACCCGUGCCCCAAGUGCAACAGGUGCAGGUGCAAACGCUGCCCGAUCUGAGCGUGGGCGCCUCCAGCAAUAACGAAAUCUGGGCUGCGCCAGUCCAGGAUAUGCCCAAGAUUGUCUCGCUGGAUGUGAAGUGUGAGAAGAACGGCAUGAAGGUGUUCGUCCAGUUCGACAAGCCCUUCAAUGGCAUUGUCUUCUCCAAGGGCUACUACAGCAACAUGAACUGCGUUCAUCUGCCGUCGGGCUUGGGUCGCAGCUCGGCGAGCUUUGACAUCGGAUUGCAUGAGUGCGGCACUGCGGGCAAUACGGACAACUAUAACCAGGGCUAUGGGCAUGAGAAUGGGGCUGGCGGCGGAGCAGGCGCGGGCACGUACUUUGAGAACAUCAUUGUUAUCCAAUAUGAUCCGCAAGUGCAGGAGGUGUGGGAUCAGGCGAGGAAGCUGCGCUGCACGUGGCACGAUCAGUACGAGAAGAGCGUCACCUUCCGCCCCUUCCCCGUGGACAUGCUGGAUGUGGUGCGUGCCGAUUUCGCGGGCGACAAUGUGGGCUGCUGGAUGCAGAUACAGGUGGGCAAGGGUCCGUGGGCCUCGGAGGUCUCUGGGCUGGUGAAGAUCGGUCAGACCAUGACCAUGGUGCUGGCCAUUAAGGAUGACGACUCCAAGUUCGAUAUGCUGGUGCGCAACUGCGUGGCCCAUGACGGCAAGCGUGCGCCCAUCCAGCUGGUGGAUCAGCGUGGCUGCGUGACGCGUCCCAAGCUGAUGUCGCGCUUCACCAAGAUUAAGAACUUUGGUGCUUCCGCUUCGGUGCUGUCCUAUGCGCAUUUCCAGGCCUUCAAGUUCCCCGACUCCAUGGAGGUGCAUUUCCAGUGCACCAUACAGAUCUGUCGCUACCACUGCCCGGAUCAGUGCUCGGCGGAGACCAAUCUGCAGGACGUGCAUCACUUGCAGGUGGGCCCCGAGUCGCAGUAUGGACCGCCGCCGCAGCUGCAUGCGGACGCUUAUCAUGUGGCCAGCGCCAUUGGCAAGCGUCGCGAUGAGCGGCGCGUACAGCGACGCGUGCGUGCCGUGGCCACGCCCACCGAGCAGGUGGGUCUCAAUCGCAUCAUCAAGGUGGUCUCCUCCGGCGAUCUGACCUUUGCCAUCGAUGAGCAGCAGAAGAACAGCAACAGCAGCGAUGGCGGCAGCAUGGCCGCCAAUUCACCACAGACCAUGGUAUUCCCGCUGCGCGAGGAGGGACUCAUCUGCAUGACCACGCCGGGCUUUGCCAUAACGCUAAUUGUCCUGCUGGGCAUACUGGUCACCUCGUGUUUGAUUUCCGCCGUGCUCUAUGUGCGCUUGCGGCCGUUCUCCUCGUUUGCGGCCAAGGAGCGUGCGGUUGCUUUUACGAAUCCGCAGCUGGCCGCAGCGGCAGCAGCAGCGGCGGCAGCAGCGUUGCCUGUUAUGCAUUUACCAACGCCGGCCGAGGCGCUCCAGGGCACGCUCUCGAAGAAGCGCACAUUGUUAUAA